GGUCGAUCUGAUCGCUUCAAAUUGAAAAUGCCCUGAGGUUCCGUAGUGAAAUGGAAUAAAAGCUUAUUUUGGCCUUUUUUGUUUUGUUUACAGCAAUGUUAAACUUGCCCCUGUUAUUGAUCCAUCCAGAACAUUGAGGAAGCAAAGCUUUCUUUUCUUUCUGUACAAAUGGGUUCUGUGUCGGUCCAUAGUUACUCUGUUGGGGCUCCAUUCCAAUGAUUCAUACAUUGCUGAAACUAAAUGUCGUACAGUUGAUUGAUAUCAUUUUUCGUGUGCACCUUCCUUUGUGAGACAGACAAGCAAGUCACUCGUCACAUCAGUGCACGGCCCUGAGUCACUGUGGAAUAAGACCAGCGCCUUUGUUCAACCUCCGCACACCAACGGAGACAUCUCUUCCAAAUCAGAAGUUCUGCGUGAAAUUUUAGUCUUUUGGACUUUGAACUCAUUAAGGCUUCAUCCACAGAUUGGAGCGGCUUCCCAUUCGGCCUCACACAUCCAAGAUGAAAGCAAAAGUGCGCCUGCUCAUGUUAUUUCUGAGUAUUUCUGGAAUUUGUGUUUUUUGGGGAGAAGAAGUCUUACAAUACGUUCCGCCUCAGCAACAAAGAUCCUGUGCUUGUGACCGAUGUCUAUUUGAAAAUGAUACGUUGGCCAUUCAGAAUUUCAGCAGGUUUCCACAACCACUUUUAUCCAGGAAGUACAAUCUGUCAGAAGAGGAUUUCAACUGGUGGAAGCGCCUACAGCCUGGAGGCGGAAGCAUCAGUGACUACAGAAAAAAGAUCGAAAAGGUUUUUCAGCUGAUCCCAGACAACCCUCCUCUUGAAGCAUCCAGCCCCGGAUAUUGCAGGACUUGUGCUGUGGUGGGAAACUCUCGUAAUUUGUUAAAAUCACAUUACGGACCUCUCAUAGAUUUCCAGGACUACGUCAUAAGAAUAAACAAGGGUCGUUCCGAAGGCUUUGAAGCAGAUGUUGGGAACAGAACCACUCAUCGUGUCAUGUAUCCAACGAGUGCUUCUCAGUUAGAUAACACCACUCAUCCGGUGCUGUUUGCAUUCAAAAUGUGGGAUCUUGGAUGGAUUACGAGGGUCCUCAGCACACAACAAUCAAAAAAACCCUUAUUCAACAAGGAUUUGGUGAUGGUCCUUAACCCAGCUUUUAUGACGAAUAUUCAUCAAGUGUGGCUGAAAAAGAAGGGCGCUUGUCCCUCCACCGGUUUCAUGGCUUUGGUUCUUUCCCUGCAUAUUUGUGACGAGGUCCAUGUGUUUGGUUUUGGAGCAGACAGUGAUGGAAACUGGAGUCAUUACUGGGAACAAAUCACCUACAAAAGACUAAGAACUGGAAGACAUCCUGGAAACGUAGAGUAUAAAAUGAUCGAGGAGCUAACAAAGCAUCAAGUACUCAAAUUCUAUAAGGGGUGGUAAACUCUUCUGAUGCAAACUAAAAACCCACCUCUACCGACUACACCUCGACUAGUUUUCUAUCUAAUUGAUUGGAUAACAAUUGACAUCAGGUGUUGGACUCUGAGAGCUGAGAGCGAAUAGGUUUUGACUGCUGUCGCGGCACGAGAGAGUUGGUUCCACUGGGAACCAAACAGUUUAGCAAAUAAAACUAAGAUCAACAACACUCAUACGUGUCGGUGGAUUAUGUCUGCAAGCCAAGAUGAACGCAGGGGUGAUUGAGGCUGGCAGAACAGCGCGUCAUACAGACCAAUCCGGGGGAAUGCAACACCUCAGCAGCCCAGGUAAACGGACCGGGCUCCUUUAAUAUUAAUAGUUUGACUUGCCUAAAAAAAAAGUACUUACUUGAUUCUUCUUGUUCUGGGUCUGUUCCCUCUUGGUUGAAUAAAAAUUAUUAUACGUCGCUUUGGAUAAAAAGCAAAACAAGACUGAGAAGCCUUCAAGAGACAUCUCCUCUCAGAUCAACUCCCCUGACCACGAUAAACAAGGUGGAGAUUCCCAACAUGCACGCUCUCCGUGUGUCAGUGUCACUCAUGCUGUAGAUUCACCACUAGAUGUCAUACCUGUGCUUCUAUUUCAUCAUCCGUGCACAACACGCUGCAACACACAGUCCCAAUCCCAUGUCCCCCCUGACCCCUGAGGGACUUAACUGACCUCACCUUGUAAAAGGUCAUGUGUCCGUCACCAUGACAACGCCUUUGAUGGAGAGGAAUGCCGCAAUCGCUAUUUUUAACUUGUAUAUUUUAAUAUGUUUGCUUUUUUUUCUAGAAGACUUGUUUUGUGCUGUCGCUACUUUUGGCAAACAGUUUUUGAUUAGCAGAUUAACGUUUUUUGUUGUUGUCGACGAGGCCCUUGUCCAGUCAACAAGUAUUUCUGGUACAUCACGUUUGUCAUAAAUAUAGAACAUAUAAACUCAGGUGACUUUCUUUGUUCUUAUGAAUGUUGACAGAAGACAUUUGCCCUCAGGGCUCCGGAGAGCCAUCCAACAAGUAACUAAACAGAACCUGAUAUAACAAAUAAAGUUGGUUUAAGGCUUAACACUUAAUUCUUUUUUUUUUAAGAUUUCAUUUUAAGGGACGAUUCAUAGACACAACCACAAGCGAACGACAAAUGAGUGAACUACAAACCAACAAACAUAUAGUCAGGAUAUGGGAGAAUGGGGCAUGUAUGAGCAUGUAGUUGUGUGUGUGCGUGUGCGUGUCCCCUUUUGAGAUGAAGAACAUACCGAUAACAACAGUUAUUGCCACAAGGAGUAAUCGGCGGUUUGUUUUGCACAGGUUUAUUGUUGAGAUGUCUCCCAGUACGCAUAGGGAAGGAGAUAUGUGAUAUGUGGAGAAGUCAAACUCCCAUUUCCUUAAUGGUAUGGAUGAUGUUUUGUCAGCCUGUGAUAUUAUUCUACAGAUUUGUGAAGUACAUUUUUUUGAAGAGGUGAAAUUAAUUAAUAGUAACGUUGAGGGGGGUAACUUAGAUUAAUGGUCUUGAUAAGUUUGAAUUGAAUGGUUGAUUUAAGUUGCAGAUAUUCCAAAAAGUGAUUGUACCCAAUGCCAUACAUCUGAACCAAGUGGGGGAAUGAAAUGAGGUUAUUGUUAAUGAAGUGUGUUUAAAAGGAGUGAUGCCUUUAGUGGACAUGACACAACAUGCGAUAUGGAUAAACUUUAUAUGAAUCUACUGUAAUUAAUUUUCCAUAGAUUCUGGAGUGUUUUAAUGAGAUAAAACUAUAACAAUGUUGUUGGAAAAAUCCCUUUUGCGGACAAAUUGCUGUUUAUGAUUUCUUUCUAUCCGUCUUAAUUUAUGCUUGGAAAUCUUUAAAUGUAUAUGUCUGUUUUAUUCACCUGAAAGAAAACUACAUGUAGUACAUGCAUGUAGGUACAACAUAAAUACAUUUGUAACAAAUGUGGCUGGUGGACAAUGUUGUAGGGCUAUCUAUUCAAUAAUGAUAAUGCAAAAUCGUGAUUGCAUCCAAAACGUAACAGUUUGAAGUUCAAUAUUCAUUAUUUAUUGCAACGUAAAAAAAGGUGUAAAAUUGUUACUUUGACAUUGUUACAUUCCACUUUGUUCUGCGCAAACAUACAAAUAAACAAGAAGAAUAAAAAUCACAGAAAA